AAAACGGAUAUUUGGUAUCCCAUCUCUUUACAAUUACAUAUCAGAUUGUUUGCAGAGUUACUAAAACUGUCAAAUAAGUGUACCUGAAUACAAACUCCAAAGUGACACAAAGUAAAAGCACCUAAAUAUCACUUUGGUACUGAUAUUGACUUUACACUGAAGGUGCCUGGUCCCAUUUUCCUCGUACAAAUAAAACACACAAAUCCACAUUUUUCUUUUUUGGAAUUUCUGCAAAUGUUUAUAGAGGCUGAUUCAUUUUGUGAUGACCUCUGACAUUCUGCGAGCAAAGAUUAAUCUCCUUGAUGAGUGGAUAAAAUGUGUCUCUAAUGUCCAUAUCAAUAAAGAGGGCACAGUGGGUCAGUAAUUUGCCUGGUAGGACUUUUGCAUUGAUGAUUCAGGGAUUUUCGCUCUAUGCGCAGGAUCAAGACUCUUGGCAACGAUGCCAGUAUGUUAAAUCCCCACUCAUUGAAAAAACAGCUAAAGUGGGAUCUGCUAACCCUUUGAUUGAGGUUUAUAUAGCGGGGCUGUGGUGCCGCUUUGUGAGACCACCAUUUUUCCGUAGGUGACUGGCUCCAGCACACUGCAGGAUGAGUAGUAAGAUCAUAUUCUAUGAGGACAGAAACUUCCAGGGUCGCUCAUAUGAGUGCGACACCGACUGCCCUGACAUGCACCCCCACUUCAGCCGCUGCAACUCCAUCAAGGUGGAAAGUGGUUGCUGGGUGCUGUAUGAGAAGCCCAACUACACUGGCUACCAGUAUGUUCUGACCAGAGGCGAGUACCCAGACUACCAGCGCUGGAUGGGCUACAACGACACCAUCCGCUCCUGCCGUACCUUCUCCUAUACCAGCGAGGGGCCCUACCGCAUGCGCAUCUACGAGCGACCCAACUUCCAGGGUCAGAUGAUGGAGUUCAGUGAGGACUGCGAGUCGGUGCAGGAUCAUUUUCGGAGCCGUGACAUCUAUUCCUGCAAUGUCAUGGACGGCUACUGGACCCUCUACGAGCACCCAAACUACCGCGGCAGGCAGUACUUCAUGAAGCCCGGGGAGUACCGCAAGUUCAGUGACUGGGGGGCCACCUGCGCCACCACUGGCUCCUUCCGCAGAAUCACAGAGUUCUAAUCUGGAUCCAAUCGCUUUUACGCUAUAGAAAAACAAAACAAAAUAAAAAUGGUAAUGUGUCAGUGAUUGACUUGGCAUUAGUAACAUAUAACUUCAUAAA